GGCCAUCACUAAUUCGCUAUUGUGCUGUCGCAAUUUUUUUUAAAUAUCAUCUUUGUGUUGUGUCCGGGUUUGGUUUUUUUUGCAAAACGAAAACUAAAAACUCAAUUACAUUGUUGUUGUUGCAGAGACGCAAACUGUUGGCAUUGUAAACAUCUGAGAUAACGCAAAAACAAUGGCAAAUACAUUGGACAGCUAUAAAUUGAGCUGUGAGCUGGUGGGUCAUAGCAUGGAUGUGCGUUCAGUGGCGGCGGGGGCCAUAACGGAAUCGGGCCAAAUGAUUGUGUCCGGAUCUCGGGAUAAAACAACAAAAUUGUGGAAACCUUUAGACAAUGGUUUUAUUGAGGCCCUCACCUUGCAGGAUCAUAAAAACUUUGUGUCUUGCGUAUUUUUCUAUGAAGCUGAACGUUGGUUGUGUACCGGCAGUAAUGAUGCCACCGUUUGCAUUUAUGCAGAAAAUGCAGUACUGCCAAUUUUGACGUUAAAGGGUCACGAAUCGACAGUUUGUAGCAUAGCUGCUGGUGUGGAGCCACGUAGCAUUAUUACCGGUAGUUGGGAUAAAACAGCUCGCAUUUGGACCAUAGAUGAAUUGGGAGCUUAUACCUUUGUUGAACUAAAAGGCCAUGAAGCGGCAGUAUGGUCUGUUGCCUCUAUGCCACAAACAAAGAAAUUCAUUACCGGCUCGGCAGACAAAAGUAUUUGUUUUUGGAAUGCCAAAGGUGAGAAGUUGCGAUUGCUUAAGGGUCACACGGAUUGCGUGAGAAGCAUACUCGCUUUGGAAAACGGCUGCUUGCUGUCCUGUGCCAAUGAUGCCACCAUACGAGUCUGGAAUGAAGAUGGUGAAUGUGUGCACGAGUUGAAUGGCCAUAGUAAUUAUAUUUAUUCAAUGGCCCAGUUGAAAGCUUUAGGUGAUGACUACAUCGUGUCCUGUGGUGAAGAUAGUACAUUACGCAUGUGGAAUAUUAGCACUGGUCAGCAAUUGGGCGAUGCGUUGGUCCAUCCCGCCCAGUCGGUGUGGUCAGUGACAUGUUUGCGUAAUGGUGAUAUUGUUACUGGAUCCAGUGAUGGCAUUGUUAGAGUAUUUACCAAAGAUUCAGCCCGCGUAGCAUCGGAAGCUGUACUUAAGGCCCAUACCUUGGCGGUGGAGACGCGUAAACAACAAAUGUCCGAAGAUUUGGGAGGUGUCAAAAAGACUGAUCUACCUGGACCUGAGUCCUUGUUGACAAACGGCACGCGAGAAGGCCAAACCAAAAUGGUUAGACAUCCAGACGGCACGGUCAAGUGUUAUAUGUGGGAAUUGGGUAACUGGAAGUUAGUGGGUGAUGUCACCGGAGCCUCUGGGGCCACUCAAAAUACCUCCGGCAAGAAAUUGCAUGAAGGCAAGGAAUACGACUACGUAUUCUCGGUGGAUAUAUCUGAUACUGAACCACCUCUUAAACUGCCCUAUAACCGUGGUGAAGACCCAUGGCAUGCUGCCCAGGCUUUUAUACAUCGUCAUCAGCUACCUCAAGCCUACUUAGAUCAAGUUGCAAAUUUCAUUAUUAAAAAUGCCGAUAGUGCACCCAUACAAACGGCUACCAAUACUGGGGCCUAUCAGGAUCCUUUUACGGGUGGAAAUCGUUAUGUUCCUGGUUCCAGUAAUAGCAAUUUCCAACCUGCUGGCAAUGCGGAUCCUUUUACCGGGGGUUCCAGUUACAGUACUGCUGCUAGUCAGCCGAAAGUGGAUGUUAACUUUGUUAAAGGUGAAAAGCAUUUCCCUGUAAGCAAAUAUCUAACAUUUGAUGUUUGUGAUCCCACAAAAGUUUUGGAAAAACUCAAAGAAUUUAAUAACAAAUUGCCUGCCACAAAUGAGAAAGUGUCCGACACCCUUUUAGAGGCUUGCAUCAAAUUGACAGAUCCUGUCCCUGAAGUAGAACAAACAUCAAUUGAAGCUUUACAAAUUCUACUAAGAUGGCCAAGUGAAUUACUGUUCCCAGUUAUCGACAUAAUACGCUUGGCUGUACGCAAUGAACCGAUAUUUGCAAUAUUGAAUUCUACGAACUUCCUAGACGCUCUACUGCCACACAUUGCAACAUCGGCCCCGAAUCAACUUAUGAUCGUACGUACAUUGGCAAAUAGUAUGAAUCAUGCGGCUGGCCGUCAAGAAGUUGAUAAACGUCUGAUACCGUUGGUCGAACACAUUAAUAACAUUAAAACGGGAAGCAAUAAUUUACAAAUUGCCAUUGCCACAUUCUAUUUAAAUCAGACCAUUACCCAGACCACCGGAUUGGCCAAUGGCGAUAAGUGUCGCAUUUUAACCGAAGGUUUAAUUGAAUUCCUAAAAUGGGCCAAUGAUUUGGAGGCAUGUUACCGCUGCAUGCAGGCUUUGGGCAAUAUGACUACCACACCAUUUGGUCAGGAAACAUCAGCCUUGGUGAUAUCUGUGGACUAUGUUAUGGAUAAAUUGCGUGAGCUGACGAAUACUCCACAAAUGGAGACAUUUGCCAAAAUCAAUAAAGCUGGAACCGCCUUGUUGGCUGCAUUUUGAAAUUGAUAUCAAAUAAGAUGGGUCUCUGGGAUGUGGAGUAGUAGUGAACUUCGUUUAUCUUUUUUCAUGCAUACAAACAUAAAAUAUUAUUAAAAAAAAAUCAUUAAAUAUUUGUAGCAUUGCAGUAAAAACAAACAACAAAAACCAAUUAAUACAAUAAAAUACUAUUUUAUUUAUCCUUUUUCUCUAACAUUA